AGAACCAGCACCUCAAGCUCAGUAAAGUUUAACAGGAUGGAAGAAGCAGAAAAAUUGUCUUGCCAGCUCCCAGAUGUUGGUGUGCUCAACUUAGGAAGUGGCCAGGGACAACAUGAAAACACAAACCAGUCAGAGACUAAGAUUGCAUUAAGGGUUGAUGAAGAAGGAAAUGAGGAUUCUGCACCUGCUACUGAAGAGCUUUCAACCUCAAAGUACUCCCACCCAGUUUAUCGAGAAUUGUCCAUCCUAAAUGGAAAAAUAAAUAAGUUGAAUGUUGCACAGUUGAAGAGCCACCUAAGAGAACGUAACCUUGAUACUUCUGGUAAGAAACUUGUCCUGCAGAAACGCCUGAAAUCUCAUGUGUGUCAACAGAAACUAAAAGAAUCAGGAAAGGAAGAUGAAACAGCCAGUCAUCGCAAUCUCUACUAUGACUACUACUUGGUGAUUGAUUUUGAGGCAACCUGUGAUGAGCACCAGAAUCCAACAACAUAUCGACAUGAGAUUAUAGAAUUUCCUGCUCAGCUUGUAUCUACAAAGAAGGGCCAGAUUAUUAACCACUUCCACUCGUAUGUCAGACCACUUAUCAACCCACGCCUAACAAAUUUCUGCACCAACCUCACUGGAAUUACUCAGGAUAAGGUGAAUUUUGCACCCACCUUCCCAGAAGUCCUCAAGCAGUUUGAGGCUUGGCUGGAAGACCGAGGACUGACUUCCUCAGAGACCAAGAUGACAGUACUCACUGAUGGGCCAUGGGACAUGGGCAGGUUCCUCUAUCAGCAGUGCAGUAUUUCUGGAGUACCUUAUCCAAGUUGGGGAAAACAGUGGAUUAAUAUAAGAAAGAGUUUUUGCAACUUCCAUAAGACAAAAAAGAUGUGUCUUAAAGAUAUGCUGAAUCAUUUAGGUAUGAGGUUCCAGGGCCAACCUCAUAGUGGCCUGGAUGACUCUAAGAAUAUUGCUCGAGUGGCCAUCCGCUUGCUGAAGGAUGGGGCAAAUCUGCGAAUCAAUGAAAAGAUAAACAUUAGGAAGGAUGGGAGCUAUAAUCCAAGAGAGCGUGUGGUGAACAACAUUACUCGACACAAUUUUGAGGGAAUCAAGAGAAAAAAACGGUUGGUUGCAAAUAACACGAAUUCUAAUUCAUCUCCUGAUGAAAGCAACUUGGAAAAUGUGAGUGAUUCAGACUGUGAUGACUCAAAAAAUGAGGAAAGUGAACCAUUGUGGCCUGAUACACAAGAUGUGAAGGAAUUUCCGGACCUAGUAAAUGCAAAUGUGAUGAAAGAAAUAUGAAGCUGUUACAUUUAUAUACCCAAGUUGUCACCUGUUAUGUACUUCAUUUGCUACCUAAAGUGAGUGUAUUUUACUUUUUUUUUUUUUUUUUUUUUUUUUUUUUUUGAAUACUAAUAUAUAAUUUCUAGAAUUGAGCAUUUCUACAAUCACUUAAGCAAACAGCAAAUUACACAGCUGCAUAAAUUUUGGAUAACAGAUUUGCAUAGUUUAAGAUGGCCUAAUACAUUAGUAUGAAGAUAUGUGAAGUAUAUAUUUUGCUAUGAAUAUAAAUGUAAUCCACUUUCAAUUCAGUACUACAUUCAGUUUAAAAAAAGAAAUCAGAAAAUCACCUGUUGUUAAUCAGAAUAGAGUAAAUGAAGAUGUAAUGAUGCAAUUCAUGUGGAUGAGUAACUAAUGAUUUUGUUUUGAUUCUAAAAAAAAGAAAAAAAAGCACCUACAUGAAAAUAAAAAUGAAUAGAUAAUAAUAAAAUACUGUUCAGACCUUUAUAGAAUCUUUAAAUCAUAUUCAGAAUGAAACUGAAUAUGUUGUUGUACUGAAAGGAGUACCAAAGGUUUGGGUUUGGAUUUGUGAAGUUGUGAAUUUGCAGUUGUAAAAAGUAAUUGUUUGAGUUUGUGGAUUUGCAUCUGUAAAAGUUAAUUUUCUAUUUCCUGUGUUUAUCUCUGGUAAUUUCUUUUCUAUUUGUAUAGUUUUUUGAAUAGUGUUGAAUUAUCUGACUAGAUAGAAUAUCUUCUCACAUAAUGAAACUUAGAAUUUUCUAUCUUUAAUGUUUCAUUUCAUAAAUUUUUUACUUUAAAGUUUUUAUGUUGUACCUAGCAAAUAAAUGUAUUUCAGUAU